CCCUGCUCUCCACAGCAGGGCACUUCCUCCGGAGGGAGAACACCUGCCAGCUUGGUGAAGCAAAUCAUGGAGGAGGCUGUCACCAGGAAGUUUGUGCAUGAAGACAGCAGUCACAUCAUCGCUCUGUGUGGCGCGGUGGAGGCAUGCUUCUUGCAUCAGCUGAGGCGCCGCGCUGCUGGCUUCCUGCGCAGCGACAAGAUGGCAGCCUUGUUCACCAAGGUGGGGAAGACUUGCCCCGUGGCUGGGGAGAUUUGCCACCAGGUCCAGGAGCUACAGCAGCAGGUGGAGGGCAGGAAACUGGCUGGGGCCGGCCAGGAGACCCUGCGGAGACAGUGCUCCACUGGGGGGAAGGCCCCAGUCCUCAGCCCGCAGGCCUGGAAGCACAUCUGGGUCCGAACAGCACUCCUCACGAAGGUGCUAGACAGGAUUGUGCAGUACCUGGUGGAAAAUUGCAGCAAGUACUAUGAGAAGGAGGCAUUGCUGGCAGACCCCGUGUUUGGGCCCAUCCUGGCCUCUCUCCUAGUGGGACCGUGUGCCUUGGAGUACACCAAGCUCAAGACUGCCGAUCACUACUGGACCGACCCCUCCGCAGAGGAGCUAGUCCAGAGGCACCGGAUCCGAGGGCCCCCCAGUCGCCAGGACUCCCCUGCAAAGCGUCCAGCCCUCGGAAUCCGAAAACGCCACUCGAGCGGCAGUGCCUCUGAGGACAGGCUGGCCGCCUGCGCCCGCGAGUACGUGGAGUCCCUGCACCAGAACUCCAGGACCCGGCUGCUCUACGGCAAGAACAACGUGCUGGUGCAGCCGAAGGAGGACAUGGAGGCUGUCCCUGGCUACCUCUCCCUCCACCAGUCUGCAGAGAGCCUCACUCUGAAAUGGACCCCCAACCAGCUCAUGAAUGGGGCGCUGGACGACUCCGAGCUGGAAAAGAGUGUUUACUGGGACUAUGCCCUGGUGGUGCCCUUCAAUCAGAUCGUUUGCAUCCACUGCCACCAGCAGAAAAGCGGCGGCACGCUGGUGCUGGUGGGUCAGGAUGGCAUCCAGAGGCCACCGCUGCACUUCCCCCAGGGGGGCCACCUCCUGUCCUUCCUGUCCUGUCUGGAAAAUGGGCUCCUGCCGAGGGGACAGCUAGAGCCCCCGCUCUGGACCCAGCAUGGAAAGGGGAAGGUGUUCCCCAAGCUGCGGAAGCGAAGCAGCGUUCGGUCGGCGGAUGUGGAGGAGAUGGGCCUGGGGCGGGCCUCAGACUGCGUGUUCCGGAUUAUCUAUCCCGGCCACAGGAACGAGCGCAUCACUAUUAACUACCACCACCUAGCGGCCAGCCGCGCGGCCUCGGUGGACGAUGAUGAGGAAGAGGAGGAUAAGCUACACGCGAUGCUCUCAAUGAUCUGCUCGCGGAACCUCACAGCUCCCAAUCCGAUGAAAGAUGCCGGAGAUAUGAUCGAGAUGCAGGGCUUCGGGCCCAGCCUGCCCGCCUGGCACCUGGAGCCCUUGUGCAGCCAGGGCUCCGCCUGCCCCUCCUGCUCGUCCCACAGCUCCCCGUAUGCCACCCCCAACCACUGCAGCUGCGGCCCCGACCGGUUGCCCCUCAGGCUGCUGUGUGAGAGCAUGAAGAGACAGAUCAUGUCCCGCGCCUUCUACGGCUGGCUGGCGUACUGCCGCCACCUCUCCACAGUACGGACCCACCUGUCAGCGCUGGUGCACCACAAUGUCCUCCCCCAUGACCGGCCCCCAGGGGCUGCCGGGGGCCUCACCAAGGAUGUGUGGAGCAAAUACCAGAAGGACAAAAAGAACUACAAGGAGCUGGAGCUGCUGCGGCAGGUGUACUAUGGGGGCGUGGAGCACGAGGUCCGAAAGGACGUCUGGCCCUUCCUGCUUGGCCACUACACGUUCGGCACCAGCAAGAAGGAGAUGGAGCAGGUGGACGCGGUGGUGGCGGCCAGGUACCAGCGGGUGCUGGCAGAGUGGAAGGCCUGCGAAGGGGUGGUGAGGCAGCGGGAGCGGGAGGCCCACCCCGCCACGUUGGCCAAGUUCUCCUCGGGCAGCAGCAUCGACAGCCACGUGCAGCGCCUCGUCCACCGGGACUCCACCCUUAGCAACGAGGUGUUCAUCUCUGUAGAUGACCUAGAGCCCCCAGGGCCCCCGGGCACUGAAGAGCCUGGGCCCAAGGCCGAGCGGGAGCGGGGAGCAGGCACGCCGGGCACCGCGAUGGUGGAGCAGCAGCAGUCCGUGGAGUUCGACUCGCCAGACUCGGGCCUGCCGUCCUCUCGGAACUACUCCGUGGCCUCGGGCGUCCAGUCGAGCCUCGACGAGGGACAGAGCCUGGGCUUUGAGGAGGAGGACGGCUCUGACGGGCCAGUCGGUUCCGCCCUUGCGUUCUCUGAGCCCCAAGACCCCAGCCAGGAGAAGGCCCCACCAGGCAGCGAACUGGCGGAGGCUGUGUGUGCCGCUGCCUACACUAUAGAGUUACUAGACACCGUGGCCUUAAACCUGCACCGCAUAGACAAAGACGUGCAGAGAUGCGACCGCAACUACUGGUACUUCACGCCCCCCAACCUCGAGCGGCUGCGAGACAUCAUGUGCAGCUAUGUCUGGGAGCACCUGGACGUGGGCUAUGUGCAAGGCAUGUGUGACCUGCUGGCACCUCUCCUGGUCGUCCUUGACAAUGAUCAGCUGGCCUACAGCUGUUUCAGCCACCUCAUGAUGAGGAUGAGCCAGAACUUCCCCAGCGGGGGCGCCAUGGACACCCACUUCGCCAACAUGCGUGCGCUCAUCCAGAUCCUGGACUCAGAGCUGUUUGAGCUCAUGCACCAGAACGGGGACUACACCCACCUCUACUUCUGCUACCGCUGGUUUCUGCUGGACUUCAAGCGAGAGCUGCUGUACGAGGACGUGUUCGCCGUGUGGGAGGUGAUCUGGGCCGCCCGACACGUCUCCUCGGAGCACUUCGUCCUGUUCAUCGCCCUGGCCCUGGUGGAGGUCUACCGGGAGAUCAUCCGUGACAACAACAUGGACUUCACUGACAUCAUCAAGUUCUUCAAUGAACGCGCCGAGCGGCACGAUGCCCAGGAGAUCCUGCGGAUUGCCCGGGACCUCGUCCACAAGGUGCAGAUGCUCAUCGAGAACAAGUGAGGGCCGGGGGCCUGGGUGGCGCCCCACCCCCCACCCCAGCCAAUCCCACCUGCCCGAAAGAGCGGGCACCUAACAAAGUGCUUGUGAGCCUGGGCUCUGACUCCAGCGCCGGGCAGUUCCAGCUCCGCAGGGCAGGGGGGUGGGGGGGGGUGGGGGGUGCCUGGAGGCCCUCCAAUCAGUGCCAGCAGGGGAGGGCUCAGCUUCUCUCGGGUGCUGCCACCCUGAGGGGACACCUGUGCACUCCCCGCUCAGACAGCUGGGACUGGCCCCACUGCCCCCGGGGCCCUCCACCUAAACUGUCCCCUGGCCUCUCUGGAGCCCUCGGGGCUCUGCAGAAUUGACAGUGAGGUCAUUCGGACCAGAGAGAUCUGGACUGUGUCUGCCCGGAGGGCCCUGGCACCAGCCCAGCAUGGUGGAGACGCAGCCAGUUCCUUCCCCGGGCUCAGAAGACCUGGGCCCCUAGCCAGGCCCUCCCCGGAGGCCCUCAGCACUGCACUGCCUUUGGUCCCUGAGGUGACCCCAGCACUCCGCCACCUGUAUGGGGCACCCACGUGUCUGCAGCCUCUUGGCCCCUGCCCAUGCUUCAUGCAUUAGCUGCAUCCCUGGACACUGAGUGAUGAGGGUGGUGCUGUGCCACCGGGUGACCUGAGGCAGUAUGGGAAGGCCACACCGGCAGUCUGCCUCAGGGACAGGCCCCAAGCUGAGAGGUGGGGGUGCCUGCGUCUCCCCUGCUUGUUCCUGGUGAGGCGCAGGGUGGGCUCUGCCUUGCCUUCACAUCUCUCCUCCACAGCCCCCCUUUUGAGGCACCUCUCCCAGGUCCCUCUCCUGCACAUCCCCCCUUUUGAGGAACCAUACUCACUCAUUGGGGUGCUAGGAAGGGCCCUGACCCCAGGCCUAGGCAUGCUGCUUGCUCUGCCCCCUACUACCCUCUGCCCCCGCCCCCAACCCCUGUCACAUGCAGGCCAGGCCUUGUCCAAGGGCACAGAGGCGCCUCUGCCAGGGCCCGGGCCUGCCCAGCACUCACCGAGGCCUGGCCGCCGCCUGCCCACUGAGAAACAUAGAAACAAUAGGCCCCAGUCCUUUUGCAUCCAGCCCACCACCCCUGCCCCGGGCUCUGCACAGCUUGUCGAGGGGCCAGCCCCAUCCAUGAGCCCAGCAGCAUGGGUGGCCAUCGUGUGUCUCCCCCCCCACCCCCCCUGUGGUUUUUGUGAGGAGCAGAGUGUGUUUUGUUGUUUCUCUGGCUCAGAAACUAUACUCUUCAGUGUAACAGAUCAAUAAACACAGCAUUUGGCAAGGUG